UCGGAGAGCGCCGCGCGCCGCGACCUGAGGGACUGGGGAAGCGGCCCGAGCCGGGCAGGACUGAAGCCUGCGAGCCCGCCUCCCUCCGCACCCUCAGCUUCCCAAGCUGGCAGGCGGCUAGUGGAGGCUGAGAAAGGUGCCUAAGUCGGGAGCCAGAGUCAUCCCUCUGGGACGCCGCCGCCGCCGUCCAGCAGCGGCUCCCUCACACCUUUUUAAAAUGAAGAAGUUUAAUUUCCGAAAAGUUUUGGAUGGCUUAACUGCCUCCUCCCCUAGCGGCAGUGGCAGUAACAGUGGUGGCGGCGCUGGUAGUGGUUCCGUGCAUCCAGGAGGGACUGCAGGGCUUCUCAGAGAGGAGAUUCAGGAGACCCUGACUUCAGAGUAUUUCCAUAUUUGCAAGACAGUUCGGCAUGGUUUUCCUCACCAGCCUACAGCAUUAGCCUUUGAUCCAGUUCAGAAAAUCUUGGCUAUUGGGACGAGGACAGGUGCUAUACGAAUACUUGGAAGACCUGGUGUUGAUUGUUAUUGCCAACAUGAAAGUGGUGCGGCUGUCCUGCAGCUUCAAUUCUUGAUCAAUGAGGGUGCUUUGGUUAGUGCAAGUUCAGAUGAUACACUUCAUCUGUGGAACCUUAGACAAAAAAGGCCAGCUAUUCUUCAUUCUCUUAAAUUUAACCGAGAACGAAUUACUUACUGUCAUCUACCUUUCCAGAGUAAAUGGCUCUAUGUUGGAACAGAAAGAGGAAAUACACAUAUUGUAAAUAUUGAAUCUUUCAUUCUUUCUGGAUAUGUUAUCAUGUGGAACAAGGCAAUUGAACUAUCCACAAAGACUCAUCCAGGUCCAGUUGUACACUUAAGUGAUAGCCCAAGAGAUGAAGGGAAACUACUAAUAGGUUAUGAAAAUGGAACUGUAGUAUUCUGGGACUUGAAAUGUAAAAGAGCAGAACUGAGAGUUUAUUAUGAUGAGGCUAUUCACUCAAUUGACUGGCAUCAUGAAGGCAAACAAUUCAUGUGCAGCCAUUCAGAUGGUAGCUUGACUUUAUGGAACCUGAAAAGUCCAAGUCGCCCUUUCCAGACCACAAUUCCACAUGGAAAAAGUCAAAGGGAAGGAAGAAAAUCUGAAUCUUGUAAACCAAUUCUUAAAGUAGAAUACAAGACCUGUAGAAACAGUGAACCAUUCAUAGUAUUUUCUGGUGGACUGUCCUAUGACAAAGCUUGUAGAAGACCUAGUUUAACCAUCAUGCAUGGAAAAGCAAUUACAGUGCUUGAAAUGGAUCAUCCUAUUGUUGAAUUUCUCACUUUAUGUGAAACACCCUAUCCAAAUGAAUUUCAAGAACCCUAUGCUGUUGCAGUACUUCUGGAGAAAGAUCUUAUUGUAGUUGAUCUGACACAAAACAAUUUUCCAAUCUUUGAAAAUCCAUAUCCCAUGGACAUUCAUGAAUCUCCAGUUACGUGUACAGCAUACUUUGCUGAUUGCCCACCAGAUUUGAUUCUAGUACUGUACUCUGCAGGAGUCAAGCAAAAAAAGCAAGGAUACAGUAAUAAGGAGUGGCCAAUCAAUGGAGGAGCUUGGAACCUUGGAACACAAACAUAUCCAGAAAUUAUUAUUACUGGUCAUGCUGAUGGAUCAAUAAAGUUUUGGGAUGCUUCUGCAAUAACUCUGCAGAUGCUGUACAAGCUUAAAACUUCAAAAGUGUUUGAAAAACAGAAAGUAGGAGAAGGAAAACAAACAUGUGAAAUUGUAGAGGAAGAUCCAUAUGCCAUUCAGAUGAUUUACUGGUGUCCAGAGAGCAGAAUAUUCUGUGUAUCAGGAGUCUCUGCAUAUGUCAUAAUUUAUAAAUUCAGCAGGCAUGAAAUUACAACAGAAAUAGUGUCAUUAGAGGUACGACUUCAGUAUGAUGUUGAAGACAUUAUUACUCCAGAACCAGAAACAAGUCCUCCAUUUCCAGAUGUCUCAUCUCAGCUUCCUUCUUCAAGGAGUCUUUCUGGGAGCACUAACACUGUGGCUAGUGAAGGAAUAACAAAGGACAGUAUUCCAUGUCUUAAUGUUAAGACACGACCAAUACGAAUGCCUCCAGGGUAUCAAGCAGAACUUGUUAUUCAGUUGGUGUGGGUGGAUGGUGAACCUCCCCAACAGAUUACCAGUCUUGCUGUGAGCUCAGCAUAUGGAAUAGUUGCAUUUGGGAACUGCAAUGGGUUGGCUGUGGUGGAUUUUAUACAGAAGACAGUACUGUUAAGCAUGGGGACCAUUGACCUGUAUAGAUCAAGUGACCUAUACCAACGACAACCACGGUCUCCUCGAAAAAACAAGCAGUUCAUUGCAGACAACUUUUGCAUGCGUGGCCUGUCUAACUUUUAUCCUGAUUUAACGAAACGGAUCCGUACUUCCUAUCAGAGUUUAACUGAGCUAAAUGACAGUCCAGCUCCCCUGGAACUUGAACGUUGCAAGUCUCCCACUUCAGGACUUGCUACCAGAACUCCUGAGGCAGCACCAGCCUUUUAUAGGAAUGAAAUACCAGCUGUGAGACAGAGGAAUCAAGUACAUCACUUGCCAGUUAAAGGAUCAAGAAAGUUAAGUCUGCCAACAGAUCUUAAAGCUGAUCUUGAUCACAUAAAUGGACACUGCACAAGUCCAACUUCUCAGAGUUGCAGUUCUGGAAAACGUCUUUCUAGUGCUGAUGUUUCAAAAGUAAAUCGCUGGGGUCCUGGAAGACCACCAUUUCGAAAAGCACAGUCAGCUGCUUGCAUGGAGAUUUCUUUACCAGUUACAACAGAAGAAAGCCGAGAAAAUUCCUGUAAUCGUUCUAGAAGUUCCAGCAUCUCCAGUAUUGACAAAGAUUCAAAAGAAGCAAUUACAGCACUAUACUUCAUGGAGUCCUUUGCUCGGAAAAAUGACCCUACUAUCUCCCCUUGUUUGUUUGUUGGAACUAGUCUGGGAAUGGUGUUAAUCAUCUCCCUGAACCUACCUUCAGCAGAUGAACAAAGAUUUACAGAGCCAGUCAUGGUGUUGCCCAGUGGUACAUUCCUCUCAUUGAAAGGAGCUGUGCUAACAUUCUCCUGUAUGGACCGAACUGGCAGAUUAAUGCAACCACCAUACGAAAUUUGGAGAGAUCCAAACAACAUAGAUGAAAAUGAAAAAUCUUGGAGAAGGAAACUGGUCAUGAACUGCCCCUCUCCAUCUCAAGAAAUAGGAGAUCAUCAGUAUACAAUAGUCUGCUCAGAAAAACAAGCCAAAGUCUUCUCGCUGCCUUCGCAGACUUGCCUUUAUGUUCAUAACAUCACGGAGACGUCUUUUAUACUGCAAGCAGAUGUGGUAGUCAUGUGUAACAGUGCCUGCUUGGCAUGCUUUUGUGCCAAUGGGCAUAUCAUGAUGAUGAGCUUACCUAGUCUACGCCCAGUGUUGGAUGUUAAUUAUUUGCCACUGACAGACAUGAGGAUAGCAAGGACAUUUUGUUUUACCAAUGAAGGACAAGCAUUAUACCUCGUCUCUCCUACUGAAAUUCAGCGAUUAACAUACAGCCAAGAGAUGUGUGAUAAUCUACAGGACAUGCUCGGAGAUUUGUUUACUCCCAUAGAGACACCAGAGGCUCAAAACAGAGGCUUUCUCAAGGGCCUGUUUGGUGGAAGUGGACAAACGUUUGACAGAGAAGAGCUCUUUGGGGAAGCUUCAGCAGGAAAAGCAUCCCGCAGCCUUGCGCAGCACAUUCCUGGACCGGGUGGUAUAGAAGGGAUGAAAGGCGCUGCUGGAGGGGUGAUGGGAGAGCUGACCCGCGCGCGGAUGGCUCUGGACGAGAGGGGCCAGAGGCUCGGAGAGCUGGAAGAGAAAACCGCAGGCAUGAUGACGAGUGCCGAAGCGUUUUCCAAACAUGCGCACGAGCUAAUGUUGAAAUACAAGGACAAGAAAUGGUACCAAUUCUAAACACCUAAAGAAGCUGUGACUGCUUUGAGAAAUCAUUAUUCAGGGAAACCAAAUUUAUUCCCAGAGUCACUAUUCAACUGCUAGAAGACAGUUUCUUCUACAAAAUGUUUCAUUACAGUCCAUCGGAAGUUAUCAUAAGGGAGAUUUUUGAGAGACACUGUACAACCCAAAGACUGGAACCCUGGCUAAAAUCCCAAGAUAUAGCUGAAUUUGUCUUUGCCAUAUGGAAUAGAGCUAUCAUCUUGGCAUGUCGUUUACAAAGGAUUUACAUUUAGGAACUACAGGGAGUCCUUCUUAUUUGAAAAAAAUUCUGUACAAACAAACAGAUUAAUGCACUUAAUGAAAAAAAUCUUUGCAUGAUAAAUUAACAUCUUAAGAGGAAAAGAAAAAAAGCAUGUUGUGACAGAAGAAAAAAAAUUUAUGGUUAACUAUUUUUGUAAAUGGGCCACACCUUACAAUUUUUAAAAAUCUGCAUUUGAAGAUAUCAGUGCAUUUCAACUACAUUUGCCAUACCCAACUGAAAAAGAAUAGAAAACCAGAGUUUUGUUCACAUUAUUCUAGGACAUCAUUGAAUUCUUGUGGCAAGAGUCUAAUGUUCUUCUCUCUAUAUAAUACAUCAUUCACAGUUCUCAGUCAUAAUCAAGUAUAGCCAGUAUAGUAAAUUAUUCCUAACACAAUCAUUUCCAUUUCUUUUACCUUCAGAACAAGUUGCUAUUUUUAGUCACAAACCAUGCAGAGUUAGGUGAUCCCAAAACAUCCCUUCAGCCUGACUUGUACUCUGCAGGGGAGUUGAUGAUGGGUCUGAGAAGUUAUAUAGGGACAGUGCAGUUAGCUUUGAGAACUGACUUCACACACUCUGGUUUCAGUCUCUAGAGCGACAUAUUUUUAAUGCUCCAUUUGUGUCCUUGUCUGCCAAUCACACAGUAUAUUACUGUUUAAACCCAGGGGGGUCUUCAAUCCAAAGGUGCUCUUGCAGCCUGACACUCACAGACCAAACUGGUCAUUCUCUUUAGUAUGAUUCAGUAAAACCUCAGUUAAUGUUUUGGGAAAGGGAUUCUGAUUUAUUUCAUUUCUGAUUAACAAGGGCUUUCAUUAGAAAAUACUUUUUGGUUCAAUACUUAUUACUAAAAUCUUUAUAAAAUUUAGUGGUAUUUGCUAUCUUGGCUUGCCACGAUUAUGGACAGCAGAAAUAGAGAGAGUUUAGUGAUACAAAAUCAGUAAUUUUGCCACUCAUUAGACUAGGUAAUAUAAGCCAUAGGAUUAUGUUAAUAGAUACCAAACACCUAUUCCUUACUAAAACUUUUAAAUGGAAUAAAGAAUAUCUUUGACAUGAUAAAAGUUAUCUAUCAUAACUCAACAGAGCACUAUUAAAGGCAAAGUAAAACAAAGAUAAUGCACUCUUAUUUAACAUGAUUCUGGAAGUCUAAAGUCAUAAGAAAUGAAUACGGAACCCAUGCUGUAAUACAUUGUUCCUUUAAAGAGAAUGUCUUCAAAAGAAUAAUAGAUUUGGCUUAUUGUAUUUUGAUUAAUCAAGGCCUUACUAUAUUUAUAUUUGUGUUUCUUAAGAAUUCACUAUUUUCCUAAAGUCCAGAUUACUUAGUCAAAAAUAAUAUUGGAGUGUUUGUGGAUUUUUUUGUAUUUAACUUUUAUUUGUUUGAAGUGACACUUCCUUUAAAUGUUCUCAGUAAUUCUAAGAAAAGCAAAGAUGAUGGAAAGAGUCAGAAAAUGCAUACCAGGAUAGCAUUUCUCAGAGUCCUUGAAUUCUCCUGAUUUCUCAGAAUAGCCUUUCCAUGAAUCUGUACAGAUUCCUGUGAACAGCGUUGGGGUAACAGAACCUGACUUGGAAAUGCAAACAUGAGACAUAAAAUUAUAUAGCAAAAAUAUUAAGGAAAUUUGAGUCCAGAAUUUAGAAAACUUCAUAACAAACUGCAGAAGACUAUUUGUACCAUCAGUUUCAAGGACCCAGUUUUCUGAUUUUCUGAACAGAUACCUUAUCAUUUCAACAUUUAAAAAAAAACCUAAAAGAGCAAAAUAGUAGUUUAUUUUAGGAAUGAUGAAAUUCAGUCCAAAAUGGUAUUAAAUUCAAUGAAUAUCUCUGAAGUCAGAGUUAAUUUGUUCUCUACCAGGGUUUCUUAACAGUCGCACUAUUAACAGAACAUUCUUUGUUAUGGGGACCAUCCUGUGCACGUGGGAUGUUUAGCGACAUCCCGGGCCUCUGUCCACCAGAUGCCAGGUAGCAACCCCCAGGUAUGAGUAUCAGAAAUGUCUCUAGAUGUUGCCAAAGUGCUCCCAGUUGAGAGCCACUGUUAUACAUCACUUAAAGGCAGGUGAAGUGUGAAUAAGUAAUAAAUGCCUUGUAUAAAAUUAAAUAUCAUAAGUACACAGUGUCUUAAAACAAAUCAUACCCAAAAUUACAUGUGUGGUUCACAUGCAAUAAAAUACUAUUUUGGAGUAAGCUUAUAUGAACCAGUGAAAAACAACAAUUACAGAAUAUUUUAAAGCAUACCAAGAAAAAAACCGAAAGGACAAGAUAGCAUUUCGUUGAGAUUAAAAUUCUGGCUGUAAUGAAAAGAUCAAGUUUAUAAUUAGCAUAUCAAUUGGAAGUAAACAGGUGCUUCUGAAAUGCUUGAAAAGAAUGGGUUCCUUUAAGUAUUCUAAAUUGUCUUUCAAUAUUUUUAUAAAACCUUUCUUACUGUAAAGGUAACGUCAUCCCACAAACUCCUGAUUAGUGGAACACAAAUUAAUGGGGUUUUACUGUAUCAAAAUUAUUUUUAUAAUUCAGAGAGCAAUAACAAGAAUCUAAUGUGGGUGUAAUUUUUCUCUUUGAACAUUUCUGUUCUGUUGUACUGACCUUAGCACGUGUAGAUACACACACCAUCACCACCACCACCACUGUCUUUGGAAAAGAAGUACUGUUGAUCAAUGUCAUUCUUUACAUCUCUCUUCUCUACUAUCUAAAUCUUUGCCUUUAUCUUGGAACAUAAGAAAAAUACUCCUACUACCUUGGACAAUGAUAGAGAAAAUGACUGGGCCUUAGUUGUCAUCACAAUUACAUUGUAUCUGCUAAGGUGGCACCAGAAGGUAAGGCUUGCAAACUAGCCUCUCUGAGUUGCCCUUAUCUCCCUAUGACCCACUCAAGAGAUAAGCCCUUCUUUCACUACAAUGAAAUGAUCCACUAACCUUGGAGUCUGGAGAGGAUGUUUAGCAUUUAUUUAAUACCCUGGGUCAGUAAGACUCAGACUUAGUACCCCCGUCAUCAGGGUUGCUGCCUAACUGUGGAAGGACAGUGACAGAACUGAAUAAAGUGUUUUCCAAUAAUUUAGUCAUAAAGACAAUUCUUCGAAUCUUUUAUAUAAUCUUUGAGAGAUUCUCAAGUUAAUAAAUGAGAAUCCAGCUCUCUAUUCCUCAAAGAUCUUAAGGAAUUAUAAAGGAAAAAAUUUACUGUUGGAGUCCCUUUUUAUGUGACCUAUGUGUCCAAUUUUAGAGAUACCAUCUGUCUAUAAUCUGCAUAAGGAAUCACCAUGGCUUUGAGAAAGAUAAAAACAAUUAUGCCUCAAGUUGGUUGAAAAAGAUUAAGAGUUAGCUUUUUGAGAUUCUUGGUUAUAAAAUUUUUGGCAAUAGGGAAAAUGAAGCAGGUCUAGAAAAGUAAGCUACAGAUCUUUUCCUUGGUUUAGGAUCAUUGGGGGCAACCCAGGAGAAUUAUAUGUGUGUUGAGACUAUAUCCCUGUGAGAACACAUUGUAACUUGACCACUUCCGUUCAGAGAGGCAGUACCAAAAGGAGUCGGACAUUCCUGUCGGGCCCUGUUCUUUGUCUCAGGAGAAAAGGUGGUAGCCUUCACAGCCUCUUCACCUGUCUUCCGAAGCACCAACCAAUUUCCGCCUGGGUAUUAUUUCACAAACACACUGCCCUGCCUGCCAGAAAUACUUGCCAAUCAGUCAUGUAUUUGGAUUGCACCAUUCUAGGGAGCAUGUUUGUUGUGUAUCAAGCUCACUGCAUACAUUUGCAGCAAACCUCCCCCUGCCCCUCCACCCCUCCCACUCCCACAAAGGAUGUAAUACAAAUUAGGUAAGGUCUGGCUUGAGAAAGGAAGAAGUGGUAAUUUGGUGCAGAAGGUUGGGGGAGGAGAGACAUGUGAGCCAGCGUGAAGUACGAGAGGCUUUGAUGAGCAACCAGAGA